UUGGCAUUUUAUCUUUUGCUUCAGGGGAUUGCAAAUGCAUGCAAAGUCCCAGCAACAUUUGUUUCUGGGUUGACUGAAUCUGAAAAAGUUACUGAAUCUGAGCAACAGUUCAGUGAAGAACAAGAAUUAGAACAACUCUUAAAUGGGGAGAUUUGCUUUAAGGUUUAUCCAUUUUCAAGUGGCUUGUCUAAUGAAGAGAGGAAAGUAAUACUUUCUGGUUCAUUUAAUCCAUUACAUGAUGGUCACCUCAAGCUUUUGGAAAUUGCAACUAGCAUUUGUGGCGAUGGUUAUCCAUGCUUUGAAAUAUCAGCAGUCAAUGCGGACAAACCUCCAUUGUCAGUAUCCCAAAUCAAAGAUCGUGUCAAGCAAUUUGAAAAUGUUGGAAAGACUGUAAUUGUUUCAAAUCAGCCUUUUUUUUAUAAGAAAGCUGAACUUUUUCCAGGCAGUGCUUUCGUAAUCGGUGCAGAUACAGUAGCGAGACUUAUUAAUCCUAAAUAUUACGAUGGAGACUACGGGAAGAUGCUGGAGAUACUGAUUGGAUGCAAGAGAACAGGAUGCACCUUCCUUGUUGGUGGCCGUAUUGUGGAUGGUGUUUUCAAGGUUCUUGAAGAUUUUGACAUACCAGAGACAUUACAAGAUAUGUUUGUCCCAGUACCAGCAGAAAAAUUCCGCGUGGAUAUUUCCUCCACUGAAAUAAGGAAAAACCAAACGUAAUUUCUUCUGUAACAACCGUUAUUCAACACAGGCGUUGUUCAGAAGAAAUUACGUUCUGCAGUUUUUCCUUAUUUCAGUAGAGGAUAUAUCCAUGUGGAACCUUAAACUGUUGCUAGAGAAGAAGAGUCCAUUGCUGUAUAUAGAUUGAAACCUCAGUGAAAAUACAAAGAAUGCAGCCACAGAGUUAUUUCUUCCUGUGACCAUAUCUGCCAUUGACAGUUUCGGAAUUGGUUUUUCUAAUAAGCUCUUUGUCGAAAUUAUCUCCUGUUAAUUUCGAAAUUUCACCUAUUGUUUUCGUUAUCGUAAAUCCUCUUCCGAUACCUUUUUCUGGAUAAAAACUCAAUCCUAAAUCUUUAUCAAUUCUACUUCUAAAA